AUGGAGAUUGAAAUAUUAAGUGUAUCUGGAUCAAAACCUUUAGGAAAAUUAAAUAUAAAGGAAGAUGCUACAAUAAAAGAUGUGAAGGAUAAAAUUCAUCAAAAUAUAAAAAAGUCUUUAUACCCAGAUAGGCAAUCUAUUAAACUAGAAGCAAAAGGAAGAUCAUUAAAAGAUGAAAGCACUCUUAAGUCUUUAAACAUUGAUAAUGGAGCUAAAUUAUAUUUACAAGAUCUAGGUCCUCAAAUCUCAUGGAAGAACGUAUUCUUGGCUGAAUAUGCUGGUCCACUAUUUGUAUAUUUAUGGGUGUACCAAAGACCAUGGCUUCUUUAUGGAAGUGAUACAUCACCUCCUGGAACUGUUGCUACAGUAGCUGCAGUUUGUUGGUCAGUCCAUUAUGCAAAACGUCUUCUUGAAACAUUGUUUGUACACCGUUUCUCACAUGGGACAAUGCCAUUGCGCAAUCUGUUUAAAAAUUGCUCAUAUUAUUGGUUAUUUACGCUCUAUAUUGCCUAUCAUGUCAACCACCCUCUUUUUACAGCUCCUUGUAAUACAUGUCUUUAUGUAGGUGUUGCUGGAUUUACCAUCUGUGAAUUGGGAAACUUAAGCAUUCAUAUCUUGCUGAAGAAUCUUAGACCACCAGGCACUAAAGUGAGACGCAUUCCAAAGCCUGAUGGAAACCCCUUCACUCUUCUAUUCAACUUUGUAUCAUGUCCCAACUAUACUUAUGAAUUUGGAUCUUGGCUCUUCUUCACAGUAAUGACCAAAUGUGCUCCAGCGGGAAUAUUCGCAGUGGUUGGUCUUUAUCAAAUGUCAGUGUGGGCUCUCGGCAAGCAUCGCAACUACAAGAAGGAAUUCCCCGACUAUCCCAAAAGCAGAAAAGCUAUCUUGCCUUUUAUUCUU